AUGUCCAUUUUUUGGUGCACCAAAAGACUUGGUUUGUUCGGUUUUACCUACUUUUUCCGAUGUAAGUAUUUUUUAUGGAUUCGACAUAACUUGGAAGAAAGUCAAGUUAAUCGCAAUCUUCUUGUAUCUGAAGCUUCAGAAGUUGUCGCUCAAAAAAUAGAAGAGAUUUGGAAAUCUGCGUCUGUACCAACAGUAAGUCAUCAGAGAAUUGUGGCGCUAAUUAAAGAGUACCAGAAAAAAAGAAACGAUCUCCCGAAGCCAUACCGACAAAGAAAAGACGUUCCUUCGUAUAAGUCCAAAAUUGAAAAUUUUGUAAAGGAUAGCCAACGAUUAUUUGACGUUGCCGCAUGCAAAUGUGUUGACUUUCAAAAGUGUUCAUGUUUAAAACCAAAUAAGGUUCCUCUAAAUGAAGGCCCAUUCCUGCAAGAUCAGAGGUCGGAUAGAAAAAUGAUGAUUGGGUCUGUUGAUUUUAAGGCUGUUCGACAUCAACAAAAAAGAGAAAAUAGGAGUCAAAAAGACAACAUAGCGGAAAAGCCGAAACCGAGCACAUCUUUUGACAGCAGUGAUAUUUUGCUGCUUGAAGGUCAACCUGAUUUCGAAAGUGAGCAAGGUAAAUAUGAUAACGAUGAAGACAAUCUUUCUCCCGAACUGCCACUAUUUUCUGAUAAUCCUGAUAAUCCAAGUACGUCAAACAGCAAUCGUAAUACUAGCAGGCUUUGCGUGUUGGCAAAUACGUUAGACAGAUACGCGGUGUCAGACAGAGCAGAUGCAGCGAUAGCUUUAGCCGUGCUUCAAGAUUAUAGAAAUAUUAGUAGCGAAGACUCCCAGAACAUCAUUAAUCGUCAUAAAGUCAGACGUGCAAGAAAAAAAAAAGACAAGAGCUACAAAAAUCUUCAAAGAUAG